UCCUUACUGGAAACACCAAAAAUGGCAAAAUCCCCAUAUAUUAACAAACAUUACAUUAAAAAAAUUGCAAAUUUUGAUACUGAAAAUCUAAACGAAAGCUUGUACAAUUGAAGAAGAGGGGAAAAAAUGGCAAUGAAAUUGUACCCAAGUCGUUUUUGUCCACCUGCAUUUCUACCAAUUCGUUACAACAAACCCAUAAAGAUUGCUUUUUGUGUUAGAAACUUCAGCAGUGGUGCUCUUGAUGCUGAUGAUUCUUAUAAGUUAGUUUUGGAAGUGAAGGAAAGGCUUAAAAAUGAAUAUCAUGAGCUCCCUGUAGGCAAGAAUGGACGGGAUGAUGAAAGCUUGAUCUAUUGGUUUCUGAAAGACCGCAGUUUUUUGGUUGAUGAUGCUGUGAAAAGGCUAAGUAAAGCUAUUAAAUGGCGUCAAGAAUUUGGAGUGGAUCAUCUUUCUGAAGACUCGAUGAAAAAUGCAGCUCGAACAGGCAAAAGCUCUGUUCAUGACUUCCUUGAUGUGAACGGUAGACCGGUGCUUAUAGUAGAGGCAUCAAAACAUUUUCCAGGAAUGCAGGAAGAGGAUGAAAAAUUAUGCAUUUUCCAGAUUGAGAAAGCUUUGAGUAAGCUCCCUGAAGGCCAAGAACAAAUACUGGGGAUAAUCGAUCUCAGAGGCUUUGGUACUGCAAAUGCAGAUAUGAAUUUCUUGACUUUUUUGUUUGACGUCUUCUACUAUUACUAUCCGAAGAGGUUAGCCCAGGUGCUCUUCGUGGAAGCGCCGUUUGUUUUCAAGCCUCUUUGGCAGUUGGUGAAGCCACUACUGAAACAGCAUGCAUCUCUGGUGAGAUUUUGCACAGUAGAGACAGUCCGCAAAGAAUAUUUUACCGAGGAAACCGUGCCAUCCAUCUUUAGAGAUGAGAAGAAUACGCAGAAUUGUUCAGAUAUGUAGUGAUUUAAGAUAUAUGAUCCAGCUAUUCCAUUCGAUUAAGUGAAUGUCCAAUAGAUUCUUCCUUGUGGGUGAUAUAGAUAUACAACUUGAACAUUAAAGCUGCAGCUAGCCGUAGAAAAAUCUCAAAGAUGAAUGAUGCUUUCUUCAUAAUCAAGAAGACAAAUGUUAUAUGUUUGAUUCACGGUUGCUGUUUUGUAUUAGGAUUCAUGUAAGUGUUCGGUUGAAUAAGCACAAUGUAAUCAUAUUUUAGUGUAAGAUUAUGUAUCUUUGAAGUUUAAUUUAUGUAAAUGAUUACAUUGAUAUA